CGUCUCGGAAAACAUCGACGGCUGAGAUGAGAUCUAAACGAAACAAACGGUACCCAUUAUUUUAUUUUUUAUUUUUUAUUUUUAUCAUUUGCUUUACUGGGCCCCGCCGAGCUUACCUUAACAGCAACAUCCCAUAAAUACUCUCCUUCUCUUCUUUCUUCGCCAACUUUUUUUUUUUUUUUUUCUCGUCUUCUGCUUCUGCGAGUAGAUUCUGUUUAACAUGGGGACUGCCUUCAAAUCUCUGCUGUUGUCUCUGAUCCUUUCGUCUCUGCUGUUUUCUGUUGUGUCUUUUGCGUCCGAUGAUAAGUUGAUAAGAAUUGGAUUAAAAAAGUUGAAAUUUGAUCGAAAUAGUCGUCUUGCUGCUCGGCUUGAGUCCCAGGACAGGGAGUAUCUGAGGGCUUCCAUGAGGAAAUAUGGGUAUCUGGGGGAUUCUCAGCAUGCGGAUAUUGUAGCACUGGAGAAUUACAUGGAUGCUCAGUACUAUGGUGAUAUUGCAAUUGGAACUCCCCCACAAAAGUUCACUGUGAUUUUUGAUACCGGUAGUUCUAACCUGUGGGUGCCAUCUUCAAAGUGCUAUUUCUCGGUUGCAUGUUUCUUUCAUUCUAAAUACAAGGCAGGCAAGUCAAGCACCUACAAGAAGAAUGGAAAACCUGCAUCUAUCCAAUAUGGUACUGGAGCUAUAUCGGGUUUCUUUAGCUAUGACAAUGUUGCAGUUGGUGGCUUGGUUGUUAAGGAUCAGGAAUUUAUUGAGGCAACUAAGGAGCCAGGUCUUACAUUUUUGGCUGCAAAAUUUGAUGGAAUAUUAGGACUCGGGUUUCAAGAGCUCUCAGUUGGAAAGGCUGUCCCAGUAUGGUACAGUAUGAUUAAACAAGGUAUUAUCAAGGAACCAGUGUUUUCAUUUUGGCUUAACCGCAAUACAGAGGAAGAGGAAGGUGGUGAAAUCGUGUUUGGUGGGGUUGAUCCAAGACACUACAAGGGCCAGCAUACAUUUGUACCUGUGACCCAGAAAGGCUAUUGGGAGUUUGAUAUGGGUGAUGUCCUUAUUGGUGACAAACCAACUGGGUACUGUUCUGGAGGUUGUGCAGCAAUUGCAGAUUCUGGGACUUCCUUGCUGGCAGGUCCAAAGACUAUUAUUGCCAUGAUAAACAAUGCAAUUGGAGCUAAAGGAGUUGUUAGCCAAGAGUGCAAGGCCAUUGUUCAACAAUAUGGGCAGACCAUUAUUAAUUUUCUUUUAGCUGAGGAACAACCCAAGAAAGCCUGCUCCCAAAUUGGAUUGUGCACUUUUGAUGGAACACAUGGUGUUAGCAUGGGCAUUGAAAGUGUAGUGGAUGAGAAGAAAGGCAAAUCAUCUGGCAUUUUCCAUGAUGCCAUGUGCUCUGCUUGUGAGAUGGCUGUUGUUUGGAUGGAAAACCAACUAAGUCAGAAUCAGACUCAAGAGAAUAUAUUGAAUUAUGUCAAUGAGCUUUGUGAUAAAAUGCCAAGCCCAAUGGGAGAAUCAACUGUUGACUGUGGAAGUCUUUCAUCCAUGCCUACCGUCUCCUUCACUAUAGGGGGCAAAGUUUUUGACCUUUCACCAAAAGAGUACAUUCUUAAGGUGGGUGAGGGUCCUCAAGCUCAGUGCAUCAGUGGCUUCACCGCUAUUGAUAUUCCUCCUCCUCAUGGACCACUCUGGAUUCUGGGAGAUGUCUUCAUGGGUCCCUACCACACAGUCUUCGACUAUGGAAAUCUCAGAGUUGGCUUUGCCAAGGCAGCUUAAGGCAUCCGGUGCAUCAAUCCUGAGUAAGAACCUGUUUUUAUCUACUACUAACUAUUGUAUGCCCUUACACUCUGGUAAAGCAACAAUUCGAUGUGUUUCUUGUGAAUAUUUUCGCUGCUGCCCUGUUACUUACACCAAACUAUGUGGGAAUUAGGAUAUACAUUACUCGAGUUGUGAAUUAAUGCUGUUUCUGCUCUGUCUCUUAUAGAAAAUAUGUAUAUUCGCAAAAAUUUGUGUGUCAACUUACUAAGGUUUGCUGAA